CGUCCACGUGUUACUUCUGCGCAAUGUGCUUCGCUAAAACACGUGCUUGCAAGUUCUGAUAAGGACAAGCCACUCGGGAACCCUCGGAACGUCGAGCCGGCUCCGAAAGCAGCCGCGAAUCAAGCCGAAUGAAGGGCAGUCGCGCGUUGGCCGCUGUCACGGGUAGGUCCUAGUUCUCGAUAAGUUCACUUUUUUUGGAGGUUAUGUUUAUCAUUACCACAACCUGGAACAAAUCAUCAUCGAAUGUCUUCAUAUAUCUACCAUUGCAUAUCUUCGCAACUUCUGUGUUCUUCAACUCUAUUUAAAUAGUACGUCCAUUAUUAACUUCUUCGCUGUCACCAUUUUCUUCACCAUCCCUCAACGUACAUUUCGAACGAUCACCUCAUGUGUUUACUCUUAAUCUUCACAUCAUCUGCAGCAACUAAUUGAGAAAGGUAGUUUUCCGAGAUGAGCUAUGAAGAAAAAUCUGGGCUGCCUUCUAGCCACUGUUUCUAUUCUUCAGCUAAUUCAACUAACCUUUACCGUCGAAGCUCUACCCCCCAUAGUAAAAAUUGGAGCACUAUUCACUCAUGACCAAAGAAACAGCAGCACCGAGCUGGCAUUCAAAUACGCUGUUUACAAAAUCAACAAAGAAAAAAUCAUAUUACCAAAAACAACUUUAGUCUACGACAUUCAGUACGUUCCCAAAGAUGACUCCUUUCACGCAUCAAAAAAAGCCUGUCAACAGGUUAAAUUUGGGGUUCAGGCGAUCUUUGGUCCGUCCAAUCCAAUUCUGGGACAGCACAUACACAGCAUUUGUGACGCUCUUGACAUUCCACACUUGGAAGCCAGGGUUGAUCUGGACACGGAAGCAAAAGAAUUCAGCAUCAAUCUACAUCCCGCACAAACUUUGCUCAAUAAUGCCUAUCAAGACAUCAUGGCAUUCUUGAACUGGACAAAAGUAGCUAUUAUGUAUGAGGAGGAUUAUGGUUUAAUUAAACUCCGAGAACUUGCACGAUCUCCAAAAUUAAAGGAUAUCGAAAUUUACAUGAGGCAAGCCGAUCCAGGGACUUACAAACAAAUUUUAACCGAGGCAAAAAGCAAGGAAAUUCAAAAUUUUAUUGUUGACACAAAAUCGGAAAAUAUGCAUCUUUUUUUAAAAAUGGUUCUGCAAUUACAAAUGAAUGACUACAAGUACCACUAUCUAUUUACAAGUUUUGAUAUCGAGACUUUUGAUCUGGAAGAAUUCAAAUACAAUUUCGUGAACAUCACUGCCUUUCGACUAGUUGAUGCGGACGACAAUGUCGUACGAGGAAUUCUUAAAGACAUGGAACGCUUUCAACCAGCUGGAAACACGAUACUGCAUAAGUCUCGAAUUAUUGAGGCCGAGCCAGCGUUGAUGUAUGACAGUGUGCAGGUGUUUGCUGUGGGUUUGAGAACUCUCGAACAGUCUCACGCUCUCAGGCCAGCGAAUCUCUCAUGUGAGCUCGAGCAUCCAUGGGACGGAGGACUCUCUCUCAUAAACUACAUCAACUCGGUGGAAAUUAAAGGAAUUUCUGGACCUAUAGAAUUUAAGGAGGGACAAAGAAUACAAUUUAAGUUGGAUCUUUUGAAACUCAAACAACAUUCACUGGUUAAAGUUGGUGAAUGGCAGCCUAGUAUUGGAAUUAAUGUGACGGAUGCACCUGCAUUUUUUGAACCUGGACUUACAAAUGUUACGUUGGUGGUUAUUACAAUAUUGGAACAACCAUACGUAAUGCUGAAGAGCGGAGGAAAUUUCAGUGGUAACGAGCGUUACGAGGGUUUCUGCAUCGACUUACUCAGAAACAUAGCAGAGCUGGUCGGCUUCACUUACAGGAUCGAACUCGUCCCGGAUGGCAAGUACGGAGUUUACGAUUAUGAGACAGGGGAAUGGAAUGGAAUUGUUCGCCAGCUGAUGGACAAGAAAGCAGACUUAGCAGUGGGAUCAAUGACCAUCAACUACGCACGUGAAAGUGUAAUUGACUUCACGAAGCCAUUCAUGAAUUUGGGAAUCUCAAUUCUUUUUAAGGUACCAACGAGUCAUCCAGCGAGACUAUUUUCUUUCAUGAAUCCUCUAGCUAUCGAAAUAUGGCUCUACGUAUUGGCUGCAUACGUUCUCGUUUCUGUAACGAUGUUCGUUGUUGCUCGAUUCAGUCCGUACGAAUGGAACAAUCCACAUCCGUGUCAUGCGGGACCGGAAAUCGUCGAAAAUCAGUUUUCGUUGUCGAACAGUUUCUGGUUCACAAUCGGAACACUCAUGCAACAGGGAAGCGACCUUAAUCCCAAGGCAACUAGUACCCGCAUUGUGAGUGGAAUUUGGUGGUUUUUCACACUCAUUAUUAUUUCUUCAUACACGGCCAAUCUUGCAGCAUUUCUGACUGUUGAGAGGAUGAUAACUCCAAUAGAAAAUGCAGAAGAUUUGGCAAGUCAGACAGAUAUUUCAUAUGGAACUUUGGACAGUGGCAGUACAAUGACCUUUUUUCGGGACUCCAUGAUUGAGACUUACAAAAAAAUGUGGAGGUUUAUGGAGAAUAAAAAGCCAUCGGUAUUUGUACCAACUUAUGAAGAAGGUAUUCAAAGAGUCCUUCAGGGACAAUACGCUUUUCUCAUGGAAUCAACUAUGUUGGAUUAUAUAGUUCAGAGAGACUGCAAUCUCACACAAAUUGGAGGACUUCUGGACAGUAAAGGAUAUGGAAUUGCUACGCCAAUGGGGUCUCCGUGGCGCGAUAAAAUAUCCUUAGCUAUUUUAGAACUACAAGAAAAAGGGGAAACUCAGGCACUUUAUGAUCAUUGGUGGAAAAGUAAAGGCGAGACUUGCAUGAGAACUGACAAAGGAAAAGAAAGCAAGGCCAAUGCUUUAGGAGUUGAUAACAUAGGAGGAGUUUUUGUGGUUCUUCUCUGCGGAUUAGCUUUUGCUGUGCUAAUAGCAAUCUUCGAGUUUUGUUACAAUUCUAAAAAGAACGCACCACCAGAACAGCAACAUUUGCCAGCACCACCCCCUACGUGCUCGGGUUCCUUACAAGGUCUACCUCAAAAUGUGCAACAGCAACCGCAAAGUCACCAUCAACAAGAAUCACUUUGUGCGGAAAUGGCACGUGAAUUAUGUCGCGCUCUGCGUUGUCGCGCACCUUCUCGCAGAAGAAAAGCCUGCGAGAAAUGUUCAACUCAUGUCAUAAGUUAUCAUCAUUCAGACAAUCCUACACCGACUCCCAUAAAUGGGAUUAGAACUCAGACAACCGACUUAGGAGUUCCGGUAGAACUGUCGCCACAUAUACAUAUGCAUCAUCAUCAUCAUCAUCAUCCAUCUCAAGACUACGAUGGAAAUUAGUAUCAAGAGAAUCCUUUUGUUUUAAAAAUGCGCUGCAUAAUAUAAAUUAUUUCAUAAAACGAUUUCUAGCACAUUUAAAAAAAAAAUGCCUGAAAGUAAUUUAUCUAAAAUAUUUAAUUUUAAUGCACAGUUAGUCAGAUAGUCUACAAGUCAUUUAAUACAAAGCCUAGUUAAUUGCGAUUUCGAUCCGUCCUUUUUAAAGAGAAACAAAUCAUUUGUGGUACAAGUACAAUUGAGUUAUACAUUAUACGUAAUAAAAAGGGCUUUAAAAUGCCACUUCAGUAAUUUGCUCAUUAAAAAAAAAAGUAUACGUAAUUAGAAAUUUUGUUCUUUAUUCAUCAAAUUCGCAAUCAUGAAAAUUUUUUUUAAUUUGAUAAUUUCUUACACUAAAAAUUAGAAUUGAGCUAAAAAUAUUAAAUGUACCGUAAAUUUUUGAAAUUAAACCAGUGGUUUUAGAAGUUUUGUCGAGUUUGUUUAAAACAAAAAUUUUGAAAAAUUAUACUAUUCCAAUAAUAUUACCAAUGGCUCGUAAUAUAAAAAAGGGAACUUAAAAGUUUGCUUAAAAUUUGAUAAAAUGUUAUCGUCAUUUGUAGUUCAAGUUAAAUUACGCUCAAUCAUCAUUAAUUUAAAAAACAUGUCUCUUAAUUUUAACUCGCACUAAACAGAAAUAAAGCGUUGUAAAUAUCUAGUAUAAGGAAAGUAUAGGUAUUAAUAUUGAUGCAAAUCUGAUAUUGAGGCUUCGAAAACAAAUUAAACCAGGCAUAUAACAUUUUUUCGACUUUAAUAAAUUUAAGCACAGGGAUUUAAUUUAACAGUUGUAAUAAAAUUCAUAUCAGAUGCUUUAAGCCCUCGCAUGUUUUGUAUUUAAAAUCACAUACAUAAC